AUGGUUCCUACUGUAUUUGCAAUUGGAGCAACUUUAGUAGUCAUAAUGUCACUUUUGGCAUUAUUAGACACUGUCAUGAAUUAUAUUGGAGAUCUUAUCGGAUAUGAAGGAUGGACAUUUCAAAUGCUAUUCGGGUACGCAUUUUUCCCAUUGGCCUACAUGAUGGGAGUCACGGAUGAUGUCAAUCAGACAUUAUUAGUGGCCCAACUAAUGGGUACCAAAACUGCCGUAAAUGAGUUUGUUGCCUACAAUAAUUUGGGAAUGUUGCAAAAAGAAGACAAGUUGCAUAAGAAAUCCGUUCUCAUCGCUACGUAUGCCCUCUGUGGAUUUUCAAAUUUCUCAUCAAUGGGAAUGUCGAUUGAAUUCUUGGGAGGAAUGGCUCCUAGCAAGAGGUCUACUAUCUCUAAUCUAGUGCUCCGAGCACUUUGUGCGGGGUCAAUUGCCUGUUUUAUGAAUGCAACUGUCGCAGGCAUCCUCGUUUCGGAACCCAUCAUUUGUACAGCAUCCCAAAAAAUCACAAACUGCACGAGAAUACCAGGAUUCUAA